AACGCCUUUGUUGCAUUCAAAUUGAGUUAGUUGCGAUUUUAACGGCGACUCGCGCGCAUACAGAGCGGUUUGGCAGUGAAGUUCAAGUGAUAUACACAUAUAAUAUUCAGCUCCUUGCUAGCUGUAUGCCAGCCAGUGCUUGUCAAACUGCAUUUGCCAUAAUUAUAACCAAGCAGAACAAGUUCUAAUCUAAUGCGAUUAAGCCGUUACGAAAUAGUUUUAUUUUCAUAAUUAUUAAUGCUAUUUACAACUUUUUGGGACGCGAUAAGUAAAAGCUGUAUAAUUCGUAUAUAUGACGUAUAGUAUAUUUUAUCUGUGAACUGUAAAGAUCUUUGGAUUCGCGUAAAAGAACAACAAAUUGGAGUUGAAUGAUAAACACUGCUGCAGCUACAAUUUCCGCAACAUUUUAAGUACACAAUAAACAACAGCGCCAACACACCAAAAAUCACAAACAAAAACAAGAGCAACAACCGCAAGCGAAAUAAUCGUACAUCAUAAUUAUGACAAAAUGAACGCAACAACAACAACAAUGAGCAGCCAAAAUAACUUUAUGAAGAGCUAUUACAGUGAGCGUAACAAGAUGCGUAUUAGCAGACGUCAGGCAUUAACAGCCCAACUGCUGUUAGCUUGUGGACUGCUGCUAGUGGAAUGUGGCUUGACUGAAGCAGCCAGCGGCUUGCAAGCUGUUAAACACACUGCUGCUAGCACCUACUGUGAGUACAAGGAGCACAACGUUACCCACCAGAAGGAACAAGGUGCCGUCUGGUUUGAUACGCAGAACAAUUGCCUGGUUUAUACCUGCGCCGCAGGUGUUGGCACUGAGCCGCAGGCACACAUCGUCGUCACACAAAUUGAUUGUAAUGAGUUUUACUGUGAUGUGGGCACUGAGCUGCGUAAGACUGCGAGCAGCUGCUGCGGCGAGUGCGUGCGCACGCACUGCCAGCACAAUAAUACCCUGUAUGCGGUGGGCGAGUCGUGGCACAAUGAUGCGGAUUGCACGCUGCUGGAGUGUGCUCGUCGCGAUAGUGGCGAGAUAGCAAUCAAUAGCUAUAGACGCACCUGUGCCCCGGUCGAUGCUAGCUGCCCGCCUGAGCGCAUUUAUAGGAACAGCUGCUGCUUUGUGUGUCGACCAUUGGCUACGUCGCGCAUUGAGGAGCUGGACGAUGUGGAGGUAACGCAAGAUAUCUGGACACCCGAAUGGUAUCGUCAGCAUCCCUGUGUGCGGGACUGCCAAGCGGAUGCGCCGCCCAUGACGUGUCAUUACACGUUUGUGGUCGAAUGGUAUCAGACCUUCUCGAAGGCCUGCUUCGACUGUCCACUCAAUCUGACCGACUGCUCGCGGCCGCACUGCAUCAUGGGCGAUGGACUGCAGCGCAGCAUCACGGUGGUCAAUCGCAUGAUGCCUGGCCCGUCGAUAGAGGUGUGCGAGGGCGAUCAGAUUGUGGUCGACGUCAAGAACAAUUUGCUGGGCGAGAGCACCACCAUCCACUGGCAUGGCCUGCACCAGAAGCAGACGCCCUACAUGGACGGUGUGCCGCAUAUCACUCAGUGUCCGAUUUCGCCGCAUGCCACCUUUCGCUACAGCUUUCCGGCUGAUAAUGCCGGCACGCAUUUCUGGCACUCGCACACGGGCAUGCAGCGUGGCGACGGUGUCUUCGGGCCACUGAUUAUACGCCGGCCCAAGCAUGCGGAACCGCAUGGCGGCCUCUACGACUUUGAUCUCAGCGAACAUGUGCUGGUCGUGCAGGAUUGGAUACACGAGCCGGGCGCCAGCAUCUUUGCCUUUCAUCAUCACUCCAGCGGCGAUAAUAAGCCACACAAUAUACUCAUCAAUGGGCGUGGCCGGUACUACAAUCGCAUCUGGGCGGACAUGAAGCGGCAGCAUCGCAUGGCCGCCGAGGCGGCGCCAACAGAGGCUUUGUCAGCAACGCCACCAAAUCUAAUCCAGCUGCUGUCCAGCGAGGCACUGCAGCAGCAGCGCAACAGCAGCGAGUCGCUGGCCGCACAUUCGCGGCAGCGUCGCGGCAAUGUGCAGAACAUACCAUUGGAGCAGAUACCGCAUCAGGUGUACCAUGUGAAGCGCGGCUUUCGAUAUCGCUUUCGCAUCGUGAACGCCGAGUACUUGAACUGCCCGAUUCUGGUGUCCGUAGAUAAUCACCUGUUGACUGCCAUCAAUUCGGAUGGCUAUGACAUUGAGGCCAUGGAGGUGGGCUCCAUUGUCACCUAUUCGGGCGAACGUUUCGACUUUGUGCUGAAUGCCAAUCAGGCGGUGGGCAACUAUUGGUUGCGUCUGAAGGGUCUGAUGGACUGCAGCGAGAGAUUUACCUCCGCCUUUCAGGUGGCCAUUCUACGUUAUGAGGGCGCGCCCGAAGUGGAGCCAAGCGCCGAGCUGGGCUAUGACCACAAUGCCACGGGCAUUGAGUUGAAUGUUAUGAACCGUGGACCCGGCUAUGCGGAUACCAAGACCGUGGCUGAGAUGCGAGCAUUGCCCAUAUACGACACGGUCUCUGGCAUCGAUGACGACACACUGAAGCCGGAGGCUGAUUACAAAUUCUUCGUGUAUUACGAUUUCUAUCGCAAAGAUAAUCCGGAGUUCCACAACGGCGACUACUAUGGCAUGGAUGCCAAUGUGAGCCGGGAGAAUAUGUUGUAUACGCCGCAGCUGAAUCACAUUUCGCUGAAGUUCCCAUCGGUGGCGCUGCUGCCGCAACGACACCAGCUCAGCGACGAGCUCUUCUGCAACGAGACAACGCUCGCCCAGCAGGGCAUCGAUUGUCGUGAGCAGUUCUGCAAAUGCCAUCAUGUGCUGCAGGUGCCGCUGAAUGCGGUCGUUGAGCUGAUCAUUGUCGACGAGGGCUUCACUUUCUAUGCCAAUCAUCCGUUUCAUCUGCAUGGCAAUGCGUUUCGCGUCAUUGGACUGGAGCGUCUGGGCGAGAAUGUGACAAUCGAAAUGAUCAAGCAACUGGAUCAGUUCAAGCUGCUCAAGCGCAACCUGAUCAAUCCGCCCGUCAAGGACACCGUCACCGUGCCAGAUGGUGGCUAUACGAUCAUACGCUUCGAGGCCUACAAUCCCGGCUAUUGGCUCUUCCAUUGCCACAUUGAAUUCCAUGCGGAGAUCGGCAUGGCUUUGGUGCUCAAAGUGGGUGACGAUGACAAAAUGGUGCCGGUGCCCCACAAUUUUCCCACCUGCGGCGACUAUAUGCCCGGUGCUCGUGAUGAAACCUCGUCCACAAUCGAGACGACCGACAGCCCGGCGACGCGCGCGCCACCCACAAAGGACAUAUCGGCUAGGCACUUGGCAACGGGUCUGCCCCUAAUCGCGCUCAUCUUACACCAACUCUAGCCGUGCAUGCAUCCAAUGCUCUCAUGACACUGGUUCGGCUUUAAGUCACUUCAAAUCGCAAUUUCAAUAUGGAUUCCAUUAGACUAGCUCCCUGAACAGCCUGAGACUUGACCUCUCCAAAUUUAACAUUCACUUUAUCUACAUGUUAAAAUUUCAUCAAACUUUUUAUAGUUCAUAGCCAAGCCAAACGCUUUGUCAGCCUGAACUUUAAGAUUUAUAUCAGACAACUGUUCUAUAUAGUAUUUUCCCAUAUCCAUAUAACCUAAGAGUAUUUUCCAAGCCAGUAUUUGUUAUUUGAUCCGAUAACUAGUGAAAUACUCACCUGACAUGGCCUUAGCUUAAGUCAAGGCAGAAUGAAA